UUCGGCGCUAUGCUCCGACACGGGGCGAGCCUUUCGACUCAGUUUUAACGCGUACGUUUUAUGAAACGACAACUAUGCGUCGAUGUACGCUCGUCGGCAAUAAUAAUUAUUCAUAUCGGAACCGCUCCUAGCGACCGAAAUAGCGACGCGGUAAACAAAUUCGCGAUUUUAUUGGCAGGUUAACAUUGUUCAUUUUAAUAGUUGAUCGACUGUACUUUUUGUUUUUUUAGUUCGUUUGUUUUUCGUAUUAUCUCGACCGCUUUGUCGCACGCCGGUGCCUCUUGUCUCCGCGAAUCUAAAUAGCAGUUAAUCAUAGUUUAUUUUUACCGCGCAACGUGUGUUAAUAAGUUUCGGGGCCGAUUGUCGCGUUUCUUUUAUUUUGUAUUUCGAUUGAACUCGCUUAUUUCGAAUUGCGGAAGAGAUUGUGCGUGAAAAAAAAAAAUGUUCGCGAAUGAUGACUGUUCACCCGAAGACCCAGUUAUAAAGAUAAGGAAUUGUAUAUCCGAACGACAACCUUGAUAAGUUGUAUUUAUAAAUUAAUAGAAUAAAUUACAUACGUAUUAUAUUAUAAUUUUGCAAAAGUUUAUUUGAUUGUGGAAUCGAAAAUUCGGCUGUCUAUUCGGGAUUUUGGCGGGAACUCGUCCGUGGAGGUAACGAGGAAGAAGGCUGCACAGAAAGUUUGGAAAAGUGUUGAGCAUACAUCGGAUGCUGGCGAGUGUUUUUUCAACGCGUUUUCGAGGCUAAGCGCUAGUUGUUUGAACAAGUGUGUUUUCUAAUGGAUUUAUUUUGAGAUUGUAUUCAAAACAUUCUGCAUUUGUGGUUCGUUCAUUACGAGUGACCGACGACCGGCGUGCAGAAGGGUCCCGUCCUGACUCACCAUUUGUUCAAAUUGUCAAAUAAUUGAUAGUGCUAUUCUGAUCGUGUAUCUGAAUGUGUCUACAGAGGAAAGAUGUUGGCCUUAUAGAUGAAGCGACACCAAUGGUGCAGUUAGUUCUGGGUCCGGAGUCGGCACUGAACCCAAAUCCCGGUGGGGCCGCGAAGCCGCCGCUUAUCAACUCAUUCGAGCUGGACCGCUGUCUGGACCGUGAGGAGUCUGGCAGGUGGGGCGGCGAGGCGGCGCGGCGACGCCGGCGCAGCUCGCCCCCGCGCCGCGCCUCUCCCCCCCGCGACCAUGAGCCGCUUGCACUUGCUAGGAGCUCAGCACCGCCGUCACCGAGUGGCUCGGCCCACUCCAGCCCGGCGCCCGUGUCGUCUCCCGCGGGCAGCGCGGCCGGCACCGCUGGGGCUCGCUCUCCGCUACCACUGGUCGCACCGGACCUGCUCGCAAUGCAGCUGAUAGACCAGCACACGCAGCUCCAGGCCUUAAUGAAACAAAGGCUCUUCCAUCAGCACCAGAUGCAAAAACAGCACAUGUCUUCGGAGGCUGCCAAACGGCAAUUAGAGCAGUCUAGACUCCAAGAUCAGAUCAAUCUGAAUCUGCUCUCGCAGCCUCACCUGCCGCCUCCAGACACUUCUCCUGGGUCACUGCAUCAGCAGCUGGGCGCCCAACAACAACAGCUGGUGCAGCAACUACAGGCCGUGCAGCGUCAGUAUCUGAUGCACGGCCCUCUGUCAGUGCCGCCCAAUGCUCCUCCAGGUCUGAUGUUGUGGGGAAAUGAAAUGGAGGAACAUCCUCUGUUCGGGAGAGGGGUCUGCAAGUGGCCCGGCUGUGAUGCUCUCGCUGACGACUACCAGGCUUUCCUCAAACACCUGGAGGCGGCGCACACGCUGGACGACCGCUCGGCGGCGCAGGCGCGCGUGCAGAUGCAGGUGGUGGCGCAGCUCGAGCUGCAGCUGCGGCGCGAGCGGGACCGCCUGGCCGCCAUGAUGCGGCACCUGCACGCCGCGCGCGACCACCACGCGCACAAGCACGCUUCAGGAGGCCCGAGCGAGGGGACAUCACCGGGGCCCGUUAGAAGACGCGUCUCCGACAAGUCAGGAGUCGCCAUUGCCGGAGAGAUCCAACGGAACCGAGAGUUCUACAAGACGGCAGACGUGCGACCUCCGUUCACGUACGCGUCCCUCAUACGGCAGGCCAUAAUCGAAUCUCCCGAUAAGCAGUUGACUCUGAACGAGAUCUACAACUGGUUCCAGUCGACAUUCUGCUACUUCAGGCGCAACGCGGCCACUUGGAAGAACGCUAUCCGGACGAACCUGUCUCUGCACAAAUGUUUCGUGCGCUACGAGGACGACUUCGGCUCGUUUUGGAUGGUCGACGACGCUGAGUUUGUGAAGAGACGGCACCUGAGUCGGGGCAGGCCUAGGAAAUAUGAGCCAACGGCGCCGGGACCCAAUGCUCCAGCACAGUUCAUGGGAGCUCAAAGCCCACCAAUGAUGACAAGUCCUCAUGGCUACAGUGAAGCGCUGAAAAGAAAUCUCCAGGGGAUGAUGGAAGAUUGCAACUUGUCCUACAUGUCCGGUGAGGACCACAUGAUGCAAACCGAGGACUAUCCGUCUUCGCACGAGGAGUAUAGCCGACCCCCAAUACUGAACGGCUACGGCAGCAGUUCAUCCCAUGAGGUGAAGGCCGAAGACUUGAGCGCUAAUGACACACAGGAUAUUAAACCCAAUAUAUACGCGCUUAAAAACGAGAUUCAAGCGUCUGAUUACUCUAAUAAAGCCGGCGACUACUCCAACAAGGAGUCUUCGAGCAAUCGUUCCGGCGAGGGAAGCAGUUACGACGAUUACCGUCCCGAAGACAGAUACCGUCCCUCCAUAUCCCACAUCAAGGACGAAGCCGAGAACCUCUCACUGAACGAGCAAAGAUCUGAAAAGUAAAACCGAGAUAAGUCUAUCCAACCAUUCGAUACGCGUUAUCGAUACAUAUAUAACCUACCUUUAUUAAUGUGGAUUGCGAAAGGAUUUAGAAGAUAUUUUCUAUCUAAAAUACAGUUACAUCAUUUACUCUUGAUUAUGUUUAUGUAAGCGCGAAUAGUUUUCCAAUCCACCAACGCAGAUCAUAUCCUUUGCGUUUAACAUACGAAGAUUCGUUCAGAUUACUAAUUAGGGAACUGCAAUGGAAAGCAAAGUGAAAUCUUACGAUACCUCGAUGAUAUAGUUGUGUCUGUUGACUCUGCGUAGAGACAAUGGUUGUUGCAAAUAUAUGUAUUUUAAUAAUGAGUACUAAAAAGUAUCCAUACAGAAUUUCGAAGUUCGAAGGCUUUGGAAUAGAGAGAGAGAGAGAGAAAGCGAGUGAGAUAGGGAGAAAAGUGAGAGCGAGAGUAUGGAUUUUUGCUCUCCAAAUCAAUUUGGAUAGAAAAAUUACCGGGUUGUUUUAUCUGAACGAUCAUAUCGUUUGACGUUCUUGACGUACAUAUGUCACUUUUCAUGGCGGGCAACAAGCAAAGGGAAUAAGCUUAAUGUUCCCAAAAUUAAUUUGGGAAAUGUAUUCAGUAGCAUGUCAAUGUUUCUUGAUUAGUAAUCUGUUCGUGUCAUAAUAAUACGAAUAUAAAAACAUAAAUAUUUACGGGUUUAGAUCUAUUAAAUGUUAGGCAGUGUUUAUAUAGAAAUGUGUUCACAAUUGGAUUUCGAGUAUGGGCGAUCUCCUAAACGGGAGUUUUGUUACAACCAAAUAUAUUUUUUUUUCGCUUAAUACGAACGUGCCCGGCUCUUAGCGGGACUAUUUCAAGUAUUAUAGGUUUAUCCUUUAGUCUUUAUAACUUGGUAGCUAAGGUCUAAAAUUAGUCGUGUAGUUAGCUAAGUUAAGUUUUAGUGGAAAAUAUUUAGAUAUUCCAAACGGUUUAUACCUUUAAAUGUUCAUAUCAAUAAUGAAAAUAUUUAAUCGUUUGUAAUAUAAAGGUAAGCACAAUAAGUAGUUGUAUCUGUGUGUAAAGGUUCGAUUAGGUAUUGCGCAUAGCGUUUUCGUUAAUUCGAUUCACAUUUAACGCUUCCGACGAGUGAAUUAUUCGUUUAUGUUUCUAGAUUGUUCUGUAGCGAUAUAUCGAUCGGGAAUUAUCGAUUUUUGUUUCGAUUCCAAUUAGCGAUUGAGACACGGGUGAUUUGAAUUUUUUCGCGAAGCGUCCGCCAUUGUACCGAAUGAUUAAGAUAAUUAUAUAUCUAUGUCUAUAUAUUAUCUACUUAAACAUUACGAAUAUAUAAAUAAGACAGAUCUCAAAUAAUCAAUGGAGUCGAAACAGUAACGUGAUUCAUGAAGGAAUUGAUUUCAUAAGUGAUCUGAAUUAUAUUAUAUAUAUAUAUUUUUGAAAUGUAACCGUUUUUUUAUUUUUUAUUUUUUUUAAUCGCGAAUAUAUUUUGUGAUGUGUUAUUAUAAUAUUAUCGUUUUUAGUGAUUAGUUUUAUUGGUUUUUUUUUAUUAUUAUUUUUAUUUAGGACUAAGCUUUAAUUGGUUUUCUAUCUUGGUGAUAUCGAUAAGAAAAUAACUCGCCGUGUUUCAUCGUAACGAGAUAUUCUUUGUAUUUUUUAAUUAAAUCGCAUUUAUAUUUAUAUAUCUAUUAAGCGUACUUUCUACACCACUAGAUUUUUAUAAUCAAAAAAUGUAAGGCGCUAUCUGAUGAUACUUAGCGUAUUCAUGAUAAAAGUGUUUAUCCCUUAAAGCAUAAAGGUAUCGGCCUGUAAAUAGCAGGGGGGAGGAGGUCUGCCAUUUCCUCCCCUCCCCUCCCCUCAAAAAUGUAUCUCAACACUACAAUACACCCGCAAAAAGAGCUUAAAGCUUAUUAGUUUACCGUAGCUGCGAAUGAUGCACCACACUUUAACUAGAGCUAAAGACUGGUUCGUCCUGUCUCAAUUAAAACUACUUUAAGGGCUUAAUAUCGCGUGUUUCAUCAAUCAACAUUAAAAAAUCAGUCAUACAUAGUAUGUAUAACCGUUUCUUUAUAAAAAUACUAAUAAAUAUAUAAAAAAAUAAAAAUACAUUCUGAAUGGCACCAUUUCGUUAUAACAUUGGUUUACCAUUAUUAACAACAUCGAUAUGCAGACACUGCACAAUAUGUACACACUGCUUCAUUCAUAUAUGAUAUGCGUUGCAUUAAAUAAUAAUUGGUAAUUAUAUUAUAUUUAUAUUUAAUCGGUAAUAAUCUUAUAUCUCCGGGUGAUUUCCACGUUGCCGUCUCCACGACUUAACGCCAGAUAAUUGUGUGCGUAUCAUUUCGAACCAUCACUAAUUUUUAACUAUUUCGGACUUUUUAUUACCUUCAAAGACCGAUUUAAUGCGGUGUGAACGUCUGAAGCAAAAUGGCGACUAAUCGCAAAGUCCUGAAAUUGAAAUUAAAAAAACGUAGCGCCGAGAAAAAACCGUUAAACAUAAUUUUGUAUAUCUUAAAAACUAUAACAGACGGCUUUUACAUUUAUGGUAAUAAAAAUUUAGCGGUGUGCUUUCAUAUAAAUACAUAGUUCUUUCUACCUAUGUUGAUAGCCUUGAGAGGCUAUUUCAGCUUCGCCCUAAAAUGUAGGUGAGCUCACGGGGCUCAAACCGGAGUGUUGCUAACACUGGCCCUAGCAAGAGCAGUGCUUCGCAGAAUCCACCACCGGAUCGGAAACGCGACCCACUGAGAAGAUCCGGCGAGAAACUCAGUGAGCUAUAUAAACACAUAUACAGGUAUAUUUAUUCUGAUAUUGUCAUAUAUAUCCACAAUCCCACCUAAACAAGCCUCACUCAGCAUUACAUGUAAACACUAAAGCCAUUACUUGAUUAAGGUUGAUAAAAAAAAACAUGUUUAUGUUUGUUAAUAAAAUCGAGUUAAUUGAUGAAGCAGGCUCUAUACAGAACCGUAUACCUAUCGCGCGUGUCUGUCUGUACGUACGCUAUUCGUCCGAAACGAUUUUCUAAAAUUAAUUUAUACACUUUUAUUUUGUAUUUUAAAUUAGUUUUCCGAAUUCUUUUUUGUAAAUAAACAGAAAAAACGUAUGGGCUGUUUGCGGAAAGCGAAUUAUUUAUGUACCUCCUGGUCGUAAUAUAGGGAUCGCUGUACAUUACUGCGUCUGGAUCGUGUCGUGUUUAGCUCGGGCGCAUAUUGCCUGUACCCGGAUAAAUUUUAUAAUAGGCCAGAAAAUAGGUCGAAACCUGACGGAUCGUAUGACCUUUUCCAACAUUUGCAUUAGACAGACCAAAUAUAAGUAUCAGUGGCGACCCGCCCUGCUUCGCUUCGUAAACAUUACAUAUUAUUAUUGAUAGUUGAGUCCCUCGAUGUUACACGCAGUUAUUGUCGUACCGCGGGGCGAAGCUAGUCUAAAAAAGUCCCUUAUAUCAUCAGCUACCUAUCAGUGUAAGUCUCGUCAAAAUCGGUCCAGCCGUUCCAGAGAUUAGCCGGAACAAACAGACAGACAGACAAAAAUUGUAAAAAAUGUUAUUUUGGUGUAUGUACCGUUUAUAUAUUCAUAUGCAUGUAGUAAAAAGCAGUUAUUUCAAUAUUACAAACACACACUCCAAUUUUAUUUAUAUGUAUAGAUCAGCACAUAAGGAAAAAAAACUAUUUUUGUUUUUUUUUUACAAUAUAGCACAUUUAAAACACGCCAGUUAAGCAAGUGGAACUGACCUCUAUCUGCUCCCAAGAUCUGGUGUAAUUUAAGUACUCAGCAGGAUUUGUCUGUUUAGCUCGUCAUCACACCCUUCUAUUUUAAUAUACGGAAACUUUCCGGAGAGUAGCCGGUCGGAAAAUAUGCUUCCGAGCUUGUGAGGCAGGUUACAGAUUACUGUUUCAAAUGAUCAUAAUGUAUACGGGGGUCUAGCUUAGACUUUCACUUAGCUAUCGCAUAUUACAUGUCGUAGAAAUAUUAGAUGAAGAUAGUAAAAUUAAAAUAAAAAUUUAAUAAAAAAAUUUUUUAGUAGUAAAUAAAUAAAUAAUAAUUUCGUCAUUGUAAUAAUCCAUUUUUCGGUAAACUUUGUAUAGCGAGUUGUGCAUUUUCCUAAGCAUUUAUUAAAAGUAGAAUGUUCUCGAAUGAAGGGAAAAUAUCAUAUCACGGUUAUAAUAAAUUUAGAUACGAAUUUUAAAAUAAUCCUUUUUUGAAAUUCCGCGGAAACUAACCUAUGACGUGGCUUCUUGUUCCCGCCUUUUAGUUUGACAGUCGUGAAUUGUCAUUCACUUCCCACUCGGGAGAAGCGAAAGCGCGGGAAAUUAGCUUUGGAAAUAAUUGCAACCAGCUAAAAACAAGACGUAGAUUACAAUAUUAUGUCUUUUGUUAAGUACGUUCGUGCAUUUAUUGGAUGAAUUACAAACAAAAGUUUUUCGAACUCGCGGAGAAAGUUAAUUCGAUUAAAAUCAACGGUUUUAUAAAAAGAAAAAACAUUGAAUUUCCAAUACCAUUCAUACUGUGUACAGUUGAAAACAUUCUCGCGUUGGAUCGGUACGAUAAAAAUCUCAUCUAGUAAGUGCACAACAUAUCCAUUUACUCCUAUAUUUUUGCUUUGAAAUAAUACGUGUUUUUUUUUUUUCGUCAGCCAAGUACAACGAGGAAUCAUAGAGCACUGUUCGUUUCGGAAUUGAUUAUUGUUGUUAUUUGUAUGUAGCGAUGUUUUAUAUAAAUGGUGUUAGCUUCAACGGGAACUCAACGAGAACGAGUUUCUAAAAAUUAUCUUGUGAUUAUCAUUAAGUGUGUUUUUAAACGGUUAAUUUCUCAAAUAAAGUUAUUUUUUGGUGUUGUUUUCUUUUUUUAAAGUGAAAUUGGGACUUUUCGUUUCACGCGACACUCUUUAGUUCGUUCUUCAAGUUCGAAUAAAUUUAACGCCAUUUUCAUUAUUGUCAGCUGCAGGUCAGUUUAAAAUAUGUCACGUAAACUAGAAUAUUAUAGUGUAUAAGUUUUACAUUUAAUAUUUUUUUAUUGUAGCAUUGUAAAAUUGAGAGGCACUCCAUUGAUGUUUUACUUAUGUAGAUAUAUCUAAAACAAUUGCAUAUAAAUUGAAUUUCAUCAUAUUUUAUUUUAUUUAAAUCUACUUACUUUUAAUAAAUUAAGGUUUACGAAGAAAACAAUUAUUUUUUUGCAAGUUUUGCUUUUUUAAAUGUUAUUGUGUAUUGAAAAGGAAACUCGUUCUUGUGUUGUCUGUGGUAGAUUGUUUUGGCGCGAAACGCGUGACACAUUGAUAUAUUAGGUAUACAUACGUUUAUUAAAAAUUGUAAAUUAUACUUAAUUAGUGUUGUAUUAAACGAAAUCAUUACAAUUAA